CACGCACACACACACACACUCUUAUUCAAACACAAAGCCCAUAUCUCAUCAAACCCACAAAGUUCUGAUAUAACGAAGGAAGAGAUGUUGAUGGAAGAAAAGCUUGUGGUUAAGGAGCUGGAGCAAGGGAAAGAGUUAACGAAUCAGCUAACGAACAGUUUGAAUAACCCUUCCUCGUCUUCUAAGGAUUCAAACGAGGUUUUGAUCUCAGAGAUCAUCCAUUGUUUCGAAAACACUAUAGCUAUGAUGAUGAGUCUUGACAAGAAAACUCUUAAGAGAAGCCAUGAGAGAAGUGAUCAAAGUAACAAGAAGAGGUAUGAAAGAGAUUACUCAAGUUUGUGUGUUUAUGAGUUUUUUAAAUUUGAAUUUCAUGACAUUUUGUCUAAUUCUGUUGAUUUCUUGAUCAUCAGGAGAAUGUUGGAGAAGAAUAAGAUGGAAAAAGUUAAGAUUUGUGUUGGAACAGGACCAGAAGGAACUCCACUUGAUGAUGGUUAUUGCUGGAGAAAAUAUGGUCAGAAAGAUAUUCAUGGAUCCAAAAACCCUAGAGGAUACUAUAGAUGUACACAUCGCUUCACAAGAGGUUGCUUGGCGGUGAAGCAAGUUCAAAAGUCAGACAUAAACCCUUUGUGCUAUGAAGUCAAGUAUCUAGAGAGUCACACAUGUGAUAUCACUCCAUCAACAACCAAACACUCUGUUUCGGUGCCCCAAGAAGAAGAAAGAAAGCUACAUGAUGCAAAGCAAUCCGAAGACACGAUCAAACACAUGAAACAUGAAGAGUUGAUGUUAAGUAUCGAAGAUCUUGAUUACAAGAAGGAGAUUUUCAGGACGUUUUCAUUCUCAAACCCUGAGACAGAUGAUUUCUUGGAAUGGAAAGAUCUGAUGGAGAAUUUCUCUCCUACAACAUCCGAAUCUGGAACCACCAACGAGUUUCAUGUUUCGCCAACGGAUGAUUCAUGUUUCUCUUCUUUAGAAAACAUUCUCGGUUCAGCUCACGAUUUGUCGUGGAUGUAAUGAAUACUUCUUAUCGUGUCGAACGUUUAGUUUUAGUCCUAGUUUUCAAGUGGACGAACAUGAUUCUUCCUAUGUUUCUUAAGACCAGUGUGAUACUUAGACAAAACAUCACACAAUAAUCUAUGUGAUAUCAUGAGACGUUUACUAUUCCAACAUAAACAUACAUACAUGGGAUAAUCCAAGUCCCUUAUGGUCAAGUUUAGUACCUGACAUCAACAAAGACAAAAG